AUGACAACGAAGAAGCGCGCGCAUUUUUCAGCUUCUCGUCCUUAGAACGGCUUUACUCCAAGCGACCCAUUUCCAGCAUGCGGUCGCACAGGGCCGCCCUGGACGACGAACAAUGGCUGCUCCACCAGUCCCUGCCACGUGCCUUUCCCAUCGACCGGGACCCGUUCAUCAAGAGCUGUGUCACGUAUGGUGGCGUCCUCUGCGUCACCUUCACAGUAGUCCUCGUCGGAGUCGUCGUCGGUGUGCUUUCCUACGAACUUCACCAGAGCUCCAAAGCUACCGCCAUUGCAAUGGCAGCCUUGCAGAAGGACGAGGUCGCUAUCUUUUGUCACGUGAACAUUGCUCGGCUGCUGAACGACUACCAUUAUCCCAUUGAGCGGGUUCCCGGCAAUUACUGCACCCACGUCGUUUUCCCGCUUCGAGGCGUCUUUGGCUGGACCAAUGAAACGCUUAACUUUGACGUCUCCUUCAGUGCUGCAACGUCUUUGUUGGAAGGUCCGAGGGAAGAGCUGACGAAAUCCUUCCCUCGUCUUAAGCAGUUAAUUGCCAUCGGAGACGAGUCGCACUCUGGAAGACAGCUUUUUCCGACAGGACUGUCCAACUCUACGAUAUACCUCAACUUCAUGAUUGACCUCGUCAAGUGGGUGAUGCUCAACAGACUAGACGGAGUCGUGCUGCACAAGGUGUUUCCCAUUGAACCUAAGCGACGAAAGCAGGUAAUUCGCUUCCUUGUCAAUUUGAAGGCUGUUAUGGAGAGACACGAUCUCCAGUUUGUCGUGACGGUGCCUCAGUACGCCAACGUGUUGCAUUUAGACAAAAAGGGUAGAAAGCUGACGCGCUUCUUGGACUACGUCGCUGUUGUGAUGCACGAGUUGGACGAAGUGAACACGACAGACCCAAUACUUACGCCCUUGUUCAAGGACACGAAAAGAAACAGCAUAGAAGACGUGAUGGCUAGUGUCAUCGAAAAGGGCCUCGCCCCGGCGAAGAUGCUUUUGACGAUUAACCUGGACGGUUACGUCUGCACCUUAGACAAGCCGUACGAGCAAAGCACCAGUGUGACGUGGAACGACACGAAGGCUGUGAGACAGGUGCCUUACAGAGAAAUUUGUAAAAUGCUGAAAGACCAUGAAGGUUGGACGAGUGGUAUUGAUGCGGACAGUGCGAGACCAUUUGUCUUCAAGGGACACUAUUGGAUCGGCUACGAGAAUCAAGCGAGCAUCAGAAAGAUGGCAUCCCUGGUGGCCAAGCUAGGUCUGGGCGGUGUCUUCAUUUGGGACAUUACGAGUGAUGACUUUGAAGGCAACUGCGGUCCGCCCAGUGGACUUGUGCAAGAAAUUUUUAUGGAAAUAUACGGAAUGACACAGCCGGGAGAAAACCUUACGGCAAAGGUUGCGAAUGUUACGGGACCCAAUGGUAUGAGUGUUCAAGGUGCGAGUGGUGAGCUGGGCUUAGUGAAACAAGUGUCACUCUCCAACCAAAUUGGCGGUGGGAAGGUGAUAUAACAUUGCGGUAAUGUAAUGGGGUUGGCUGAAGUAAAGCUCCACGCAUCACUUAUGGUUUGGGUUUGCAUCUGA